UAGAGAUUCGACACAGCACACGGAAUGGACGCGGGAUGAGGCAGGCCUUGAGCAUUUGUAGCUCUAUCGCUCGGUCUUCCUUGAGCACAAUCUCCUCCAUCGUGUAGCGCGCCCACCUUCUCGACCUCCUCCCUUCUGCCGCCUCUAGCAGCAUUUCCAGCCACGAGGCGUUGUUCUUGAGCGGCACGAAGCUGAGGUACGUCUUGUAGGCCACCACUUCCCCAUUCAUCUUGAUCGGCAGCGACGGCCCUUGCUGCUUCCAUCGCCAUCCCUCCAGCGUCGUCCUCGAUCGCGCCGGCCGGCAGAAGUAAUAUUUCGUCCUCGAGAAGAAAUAUCGCGUUCCAGCUACAAAGACGAACACAUCCGUGGUAGAAUUCUAGUAGAGUAGAGAGGAACGACAGGAUGGAGAGAAUUUUCUUCUCUGUCAGCUCUCCAGUGACUCACCUGGAGAAUUUCGCAGGAGCAAAGCCGGAUGCAUCGCGUAGACAUCGGCCUCGGGGAUGUGGAAGUCGAGCUUGGUUCUUGCCUUUUUACGCCGAAGCGCGUCCACGAGGAAGCUAUCAUCCGACUGGGUCUUGCGAACUCUCUUGUUCCUAGACUCCACUCCUCCGGCUACUUCUGGACUCCUCUGGAGUGGAUCCAUGGUUGGGUGAUAUUCCCGGAGCCCCGGAAGUGUGAAGUCGUCGUCGUCAUCCACAACUUCGCACUGGAGAAGAUCUCUAAGAAACCCGGUGAGAGAUUUUUCUUUUUCCUCCAAGUUCUUGAAAGGAAGGUGGCUUCUUCACUUACCUUGACGUCCGUGGCAGCAUCAACGUCGAUGACCAAGUUGUCCCGGAGAGCCCGCUUAAACGCUGCUCGGAACUCCCGGAUCCUGGAAGAACAGGCACCGAAGAUCGGAUCAUGAAAAGAGAGCAGCGCUUCUCUUCGUACCUGGCGUUUUCCUGGCGGGCAUGUUCUUGACAAUUUCCAUCGCCGCACUGAAACUUGGUUUCUUGGGCUCGGACAUUCACUGGUGGUGUCGAGGCAGCAACUUUUCCCCACUGCUGCUUUUCAUCUUCCAGCAAGACUCUGGGAUCGAGCAGGCUGUUCCAGCAUUCGUCUGCGACGAUGGCGUCGUCCAUCGAAGCCAGGCAGCCGUCCGUGAAGCUGUAGAAGAAGGCAGCACGCUCGUCUUCCGCAGCAGCGUCAAUAGGUGGUGGCGAGGAAUCCGUGAAGUUCUCCAUAGCAGCAGCAGCAGCAGCAGCGCACUGGCUGAGGAGAAAGAGCUCGCUACAAUCGAGCUCCUCGCAUUGUUGCUGCUCGAGAACCCACUGGACCUGGAAAGGAGCGGCUUUUUCAGUCCAACACCAUGGACACUGGCAGCAGCAAGCGCAAGAACAAGCAGCGCAUGGCUCGAGCACGCAAACAACAGGAGAAAGGUGGAUGAAGCCGCUGGGAGGAAGAGGAGGAGGAGAGUGAUUGUACGAGGACGAGGCGCCGUCGACAACAGCUUGGAGCGAGUAAGAAUCAUCGGCUGUGUCGAGAAUCAUCGCUUCUUCCUGCGAGAAUCAAGCGGCGAGAGGGAGAAAAGAGAUGCAAGAUCGAAGAACUCAAACUUCUUCCGCUACUUGGCGACGAACGAGACGAAAACGAGCAAGAAGAACCAAGAGACAACGAGUCUGCUUGCGUCGACAGCGACACCGAUUUGCCAUCAUCAACCGGAUUUCCAAAUGCAACGGACUGGGAAGAGACGCUAUCGCAGCUAAACCAUGGCUAACUUGGUGGUGGUACGUCCGCCACCCCGCGUAGGAAGUGGAACAAUCGCUUCUCUUUUGUGGAGGAGGUUCUGUGCGCGAAGAUUCUCCGAGUGUACGCUGUACCCCACCAAAUGUGGCGACAUCGAUUUGAGGGGGAUCUGGCGGUGGAUACUUGGUAAAAAUGUAACUUGGUAAGCUCCAGGCUUUCUUUUCUAUCCGUAUUUGUUCAUUACCUAGAUGUUACGAGAGAGCACCUGGGUUGCUCCAAAAGUCAGGAUUCUACGACAAACACCAAUGCUGCGCACAAAACUUUUUUGCUACAUCUGUUCUUUGUUCUUUUCUUAGACUCGUUUUUCAUGGUUAUUAUAUUUUU